AUGGAGAAGUUCUUAAUCUCUGCAGGGCUAGUCCUGUGCCUGGUUUGCCUGGUGAAGUGCGUGAGGUUCUCCCAGUACCUUUUUCUGAGGUUCUGCAAAGCUUUACCAAGCUCUUUCCUGCGAUCAAUGGGACAAUGGGCAGUGAUCACCGGAGCAGGCGAUGGCAUCGGGAAAGCCUAUUCAUUUGAGCUGGCCAGACAUGGACUCAAUGUUGUACUUAUUAGCCGGACACUGGAGAAGCUACAGGCCAUUGCAGAAGAGAUUGAGAGGACCACUGGAAGCCGUGUGAAGGUUGUACAAGCUGAUUUUACCAGGGAAGACAUCUAUGACCAUAUUAAAGAACAACUUGAAGGCUUAGAAAUAGGAGUUUUAGUCAACAACGUUGGAAUGCUCCCCAGCAUUUUCCCAGGCCAUUUCCUGAGCACUCCGGGUGAGAGCCAGAAUCUCAUCCACUGCAACAUUACCUCCGUAGUCAAGAUGACACAGCUUGUUCUCAAACACAUGGAGUCAAGGAGGAAAGGCCUCAUCUUGAAUAUUUCUUCAGGCGCGGCCCUUCGUCCCUGGCCUCUGUACAGCCUGUACUCAGCUUCCAAGGCUUUUGUGUACACAUUUUCCAAGGCUCUGAGUGUGGAAUACAGAGAUAAAGGGAUCAUUAUUCAGGUGCUGACCCCUUAUUCUAUUUCAACACCAAUGACGAAGUACCUAAAUAACAGGAUAACCAAGACCGCCGAUGAGUUUGUUAAAGAAUCCUUGAAAUAUGUCACGAUCGGAGCUGAAACCUGUGGCUGCCUUGCUCAUGAAAUCAUUGCAAUAAUUCUGAACCAGAUCCCUUCCAGAAUCUUCUAUAGCAGCACUGCUCAAAGAUUUCUCCUGGCACAAUACACAGAUUACCUCAAACGCAGCAUCAGCAACUGA